CAGCGGCGGCCGUUGAGGACUGCAGCUCCCGGCAGGCACCGCUUCUUCGCGGCCGACGCGCGUGGCGGCGGCGCUGCCCGCUGGGACUCGUAGUGCGGUCCGGCCCGGAACCGACACCGCCAACCCUCGCACCCAACCGGCCAGCCCCGCACGCCAGCCGGCAGCGGAUCGACCCGGUUCAGCGGCCGUUGAGUAGUUUUUUCGAUUCCGGUUGAAUUUUGUCCCUCUGCUCUCUCCCCCUCCCUCCCCCAGCGGCCCCCCAAAAGCCCUCGCUCUCCUCCCGACGGGAAAGGUCGCGGCCUGUGGGCCCCGCGGGCAGCCGUGCCGACAUGAACCCCAGCGCGCCCAGCUACCCGAUGGCCUCGCUCUACGUCGGGGACCUCCACCCCGACGUGACCGAGGCGAUGCUCUACGAGAAGUUCAGCCCGGCCGGGCCCAUCCUGUCCAUCCGGGUCUGCAGGGACAUGAUCACCCGUCGCUCGUUGGGCUACGCGUAUGUCAACUUCCAGCAGCCGGCGGACGCGGAGCGAGCUUUGGACACCAUGAAUUUUGAUGUGAUAAAGGGCAAGCCAGUACGUAUCAUGUGGUCUCAGCGUGAUCCAUCGCUUCGCAAAAGUGGAGUAGGCAACAUAUUCAUCAAAAACUUGGACAAAUCCAUUGAUAACAAAGCAUUGUAUGACACAUUCUCCGCUUUUGGUAACAUCCUUUCAUGUAAGGUGGUAUGUGAUGAAAAUGGUUCCAAGGGCUAUGGAUUUGUUCAUUUUGAGACGCAGGAGGCUGCUGAAAGGGCUAUUGAGAAAAUGAACGGAAUGCUUCUGAAUGACCGCAAAGUAUUUGUUGGGCGAUUUAAAUCUCGUAAAGAACGAGAAGCAGAGCUUGGAGCCAGGGCGAAGGAGUUCACCAAUGUUUACAUCAAGAAUUUUGGGGAAGACAUGGAUGAUGAGCGCCUUAAGGAUCUCUUUGGCAAGUUUGGACCUGCCUUAAGUGUGAAAGUAAUGACCGAUGAAAGUGGGAAAUCCAAGGGGUUUGGAUUUGUGAGCUUUGAAAGGCAUGAAGAUGCACAGAAGGCUGUCGAUGAGAUGAAUGGAAAGGAGCUCAAUGGAAAACAAAUAUAUGUUGGCCGAGCUCAGAAAAAAGUGGAACGCCAGACGGAACUUAAGCGCAAGUUUGAACAGAUGAAGCAGGAUAGGAUCACCAGAUACCAGGGUGUUAACCUUUAUGUGAAAAACCUUGAUGAUGGUAUUGACGAUGAACGGCUCCGAAAAGAGUUUUCUCCAUUUGGUACAAUCACCAGUGCUAAGGUUAUGAUGGAGGGUGGUCGCAGCAAAGGGUUUGGUUUUGUAUGUUUCUCCUCCCCAGAAGAAGCCACUAAAGCAGUUACAGAAAUGAAUGGUAGGAUUGUAGCCACCAAGCCUUUGUAUGUAGCUUUAGCUCAGCGCAAAGAGGAGCGCCAGGCUCACCUUACUAACCAGUAUAUGCAGAGAAUGGCAAGUGUGCGAGCCGUGCCCAACCCAGUGAUCAACCCUUACCAGCCAGCACCUCCUUCAGGUUACUUCAUGGCAGCUAUCCCACAGACUCAGAACCGUGCUGCAUACUAUCCUCCUAGCCAAAUUGCUCAACUAAGACCAAGUCCUCGCUGGACUGCUCAGGGUGCCAGACCUCAUCCAUUCCAAAAUAUGCCCGGUGCUAUCCGCCCAGCCGCUCCUAGACCACCAUUUAGUACCAUGAGACCAGCUUCUUCACAGGUUCCACGAGUCAUGUCCACACAGCGUGUUGCUAACACAUCAACACAGACGAUGGGCCCACGUCCUGCAGCUGCUGCUGCCGCAGCCACUCCUGCUGUCCGCACUGUUCCACAGUACAAAUACGCUGCAGGUGUUCGCAAUCCUCAACAACACCUGAAUGCACAGCCCCAGGUGACCAUGCAGCAGCCUGCUGUUCAUGUACAAGGUCAGGAACCUUUGACUGCUUCCAUGUUGGCAUCUGCUCCCCCUCAAGAGCAAAAGCAAAUGUUGGGUGAACGGCUGUUCCCUCUCAUUCAAGCCAUGCACCCUACUCUUGCUGGUAAAAUCACUGGCAUGUUGUUGGAGAUUGACAACUCAGAGCUUCUUCACAUGCUGGAGUCUCCAGAGUCUCUCCGUUCUAAAGUUGAUGAAGCUGUUGCUGUCCUACAAGCCCACCAAGCUAAAGAGGCUGCCCAGAAAGCAGUGAACAGUGCCACUGGUGUUCCAACUGUUUAGAAUUGAUCAGGGACCACGAAAGAAACUCGUGCUUCACCGAAGAAAAAUAUCUAAACAUCGAAAAACUUAAAUAUUAUGGAAAAAAAACAUUGCAAAAUAUAAAAUAAAUUAAAAAAAAGGAAAGGAAACUUUGAACCUUAUGUACCGAGCAAAUGCCAGGUCUAGCAAGCACAGUGCUAGUCCUAGAUUACUUAUUGAUUUAAAAACAACAAAAACCACAAAAAAAUAGUAAAAUAUAAAAACAAAGUAAUGUUUUAUAGACCCUGGAAAAAAAGAAUUUUCAGCAAAGUACAAAAAUUUAAAGCAUUCCUUUCUUUAAUUUUGUAAUUCUUUACUGUGGAAUAGCUCAGAAGGUCAGUUCUGUUUUAAGGAACAGAACUGAUAACUGAGCGAGGAAACGUAAUUUGGAUUAUAAAAUUCUUGCUUUAAUAAAAAUUCCUUAAACAGUG